AUGCUCCUUUCCAAGAUGGCGGCGGAGGGAGGAGGGAAGGAGAUGAACGAGAUUAAGACCCAGUUCACCACCCGGGAGGGGCUGUACAAGCUGCUGAGCCACUCGGAGUACAGCCGGCCCAACCGGGUGCCCUUCAACUCGCAGGGCUCCAACCCAGUCCGCGUCUCCUUCGUCAACGUCAACGACCAGAGCGGCAACGGCGACCGGCUCUGCUUCAAUGUGGGCCGGGAGCUCUACUUCUACAUCUACAAGGGGGUCCGCAAGGCUGCUGACUUGAGUAAACCAAUAGACAAAAGGAUAUACAAAGGAACGCAACCUACGUGUCAUGACUUCAAUCACUUAACAGCCACAGCAGAAAGUGUCUCUCUACUAGUGGGCUUCUCUGCAGGCCAGGUCCAACUUAUAGACCCUAUUAAAAAAGAAACUAGCAAAUUAUUUAAUGAGGAAAGACUAAUAGACAAGUCCAGAGUAACCUGUGUAAAAUGGGUACCAGGUUCGGAAAGCCUUUUCCUAGUAGCUCAUUCCAGUGGAAAUAUGUACUUAUAUAAUGUGGAGCACACUUGUGGUACCACAGCCCCACACUACCAGCUACUUAAGCAAGGAGAAAGUUUUGCAGUCCACACUUGCAAGAGUAAAUCCACAAGAAAUCCUCUACUUAAAUGGACCGUAGGCGAAGGUGCCCUGAAUGAAUUUGCUUUUUCCCCCGAUGGGAAAUUUUUGGCGUGUGUGAGCCAAGAUGGCUUUCUUCGUGUGUUUAACUUCGAUUCAGUGGAGUUGCAUGGUACAAUGAAAAGCUACUUUGGGGGACUACUAUGUGUGUGUUGGAGCCCAGAUGGGAAAUACAUUGUAAUAGGUGGAGAGGAUGACUUGGUAACGGUUUGGUCUUUUGUGGACUGUCGAGUGAUAGCUAGAGGCCACGGACAUAAAUCAUGGGUUAGUGUUGUGGCAUUUGACCCAUAUACCACUAGUGUAGAAGAGAGUGACCCAAUGGAAUUUAGUGGUAGUGAUGAGGAUUUCCAAGACCACCUUCAUUUUGGUAGGGAUCGAGCAAAUAGUACACAAUCUAGGUUAUCAAAAAGGAACUCUACAGACAGUCGUCCAGUAAGUGUUACAUAUAGGUUUGGUUCUGUAGGCCAAGACACACAACUCUGUUUGUGGGACCUUACAGAAGAUAUUCUCUUCCCUCACCAACCUCUAUCAAGAGCAAGGACACACACAAAUGUUAUGAAUGCCACAAGUCCACCUGCAGGAAGUGGUGGAAAUAAUCCAGGAAGUAAUGGAAACAGUAUCACAACACCUGGAAACUCAGUACCCCCUCCUCUUCCACGGUCAAACAGCCUUCCACAUUCUGCAGUCUCAAAUGCUGGCAGUAAAAGCAGUGUCAUGGAUGGUGCCAUUGCUGCUGGUGUUAGUAAGUUUGCAACCUUAUCGCUACAUGAUCGGAAAGAAAGACACCAUGAAAAAGAUCACAAGAGAAAUCAUAGCAUGGGACAUAUAUCUAGCAAGAGCAGUGACAAACUGAACCUAGUUACUAAAACCAAAACGGACCCAGCUAAAACUUUGGGAACACCUCUCUGUCCCAGAAUGGAAGAUGUUCCCUUGUUAGAGCCUCUUAUUUGUAAAAAGAUAGCACAUGAAAGACUGACUGUGUUAAUUUUUCUUGAAGACUGUAUAGUCACUGCUUGUCAGGAGGGAUUUAUUUGCACAUGGGCAAGGCCUGGUAAAGUGGGUUUAUUGUCAUCCCAAAACCAGGCCAAUUCUCCAAGUGGAACUGUAGUAUAGCCAUCGCACUACUGCUAGCGAAUCUUUGAACACAGGACAAGAAGUAAUGACAGUGGAACCAGGAGCUGUUCUUCAUGCAGAGAGCAUCAGAAAUUAUAAAAUGGCAGAGUGUAAACUUGGAAUUAUGUGAAUCACAUAAUACUUUGCAAAAGAAUAAUGUAAUGAAUUCUUAGUAUGGCUAAUACUUCUAGGCUGCUCACCCAAAGAAGAAUUUUCCUUUUAAAAAAGAAAUGCUUCAUUUGGUGUUGCAGUAAAAAUUAUUUUUUUUCUCAGUUUUCUUUAUACUUUUCAAGUUUGGUGUAAUUUAAUCAAUAUAUAUAUAUAUAUAGAGAGAAAGAGAUACGUGUAAAAUAAAGUAUGUUUCUUAAAUCCAAUAAGUUCAACGGUUAUAUAAAUUAGUACUUCACCAUUGUUUUUUGCACUGAUUUUUUUAUUUUUAACCAGAGAUGGUUAGAAGACAGCCUGGAAUGCACUCAUGGAAAAUGAAAGUCAUUACUUUCUGGCUUAAAAAUGUAAUUCAGGAAGAUGGAUGCUGCAAUCAUAGGGUCCUUUUUUUUUUUUUUAAACAAAAUUGUUUGCACUUAAAUAGUUUAAUGCUAGUAGAGAAUUACUUUAAAAUGGGUAUUCAGACACCCAGAAAAGCUAUGUUGUGGAGAAAAUAUAUCCUUUGUAUCUGAAACAUUUAUUUUAAUAUUGUUUCCAAUUGCAAUCGGCUCUGUAUUAUAUGUAUAAAUGUAAUUCAGUGAUUGGGAGGAAAAUGGAUCAGUACACUAGUAAUUUUCAUCAUCUAAAAGAUAUUUCUAAUUCUGAAAAUACAUAUUAAACUAUCUUGAAUAUGCA